UGCUGCUCAGACUCGAAUAAAGGAAACAAAUUUUGGACUCAUUUUUAUGUGACGCGUUCUUUGUCCUCUUCAAGGUUCUAUCUUCCAAUACAUACCUUGAGGCUUCCACCUCCUUUUAGGAAAGGCUCCUCUCCCUCUUCGUUGGUUCUCCUAUUUCUUCUAACGAGUUUCAUUUUGGUAGUGCGCGACUUUUCAACAGGAAGUUUCUCCGUCCCUCUACUCUCCCUCCUUUCUUUUGUGGCAAUUGAACUCUUGGCUCUGAGUGGCUUUCGUAUCGUGCUUGACAUUUCUACAGGUUGUCUUUUCUUGCCGGUCUGUUACUUGAUGAGGAGUUUAAAGCCAUCAUAUCAAAGAAGAUGAGCCUUGAAGGAUUUCACUAAGAGAGAGAUUUAUUUCCUUUUGAGGAACAUGGGGAAUUUUCACGGGAAACAGAAUGGCAAUGGAGUGGCUGAGGAUGGCUGCCACCCUGCUAGUCCAAGGCACUACAAGCACCUGUCCGGUGGCAUCACGACUUCUUUAUCUUGGCUGGAUUUGAGAGUUUUCUAUGUCAGGGUUAGCAAAUGUGAGAUCGAUGAUUCAACUCCCCAGUAUCUUACCUUAAAUCACGUUCCCCUGGACUGCAAUACCCUUCUGGAAGUAAAUGGUGUUAGAACUGGCAUCUAUUCGGAUGGCGUAUCAACCCUCUUAAGAAGAGAUAGGAUAGACAAGAAAUCUGAAGAAGUUACCUUCGUGAGUACUGACAGUAUUAGGACGACAGGGAGUGUGAAACUUGAGGUUUUUGACAAGGAUGUUCUUGUGCUGUCGGGAGCACUAGAACUGUGUAAUAGUGACGGCUUUACUGGCGCAGAUUCAAGAAAUCACGACCAGUGUUGGAGUUUGAAUUGCGACUCGGAUUUACCAGUUGGCUCUGUUCUCCUCAAGGGAAAUCAGUACAUGAACCUGGAGUCAGGCUCGCCAUCAAUCGAAGUCUAUGUAGCUGGUUGCUUUUCAGGUUGUCCGAUUAUACUGACUAAGGCUCUGCAGCUUGGUCACAAGAGGAAGCAAAUGAGGAAGGCAAUGCUGGAUUCGAUUCCAGAACAUGAGACAACUGCAAACCAGAAAGAUGACUCAUCAUCUAUACACGGAAUGCAGGUCACUGAGCAGCAGAAUUGUGAUCCAGAAAUGGAAGAUUAUAGCCGCCGUCAUCCAGGGACGGAGUACAUAGAAGGAGGGGAUGGAGAACUGUCAUGGUUUAAUGCUGGAGUAAGAGUAGGCGUUGGGAUUGGUCUUAGUAUUUGUGUUGGAGUAGGAAUAGGAGUGGGAUUGCUAGUCAAAACCUACCAAGGAACGACCAGAAACUUCAGGAGGAGGCUAUUCUGAUUUAGUCUGUUCUUGUCGAAUUGAAAGCAUAAU